AUGGCACAUCAGGAUCUCCCAGAUGCUCUAUUAGUAGCAAUCGAAGCAGUGAACGAAAUGAAGGACCCCGAAGACGAAGGUAGUAGUUCCUUUCCCCUCCUUGCGUUUUGCAUUGCUAAAUUUUAUUUUCUAAGAUCUUCGAUCGCUAUGCGCUUUACGUCUCUUGCCCAUGCUGGAGGUGUGAACAGUAUCGAAAAUUUCGCUCGGAGUCUGACACGAGCUACCGCUUUCCACGAGAUAACUCCGCGCCGGCCAUCUUUUAUACUUGCUGGGGAUAGCACUGGAGAAGGCGAAGACGAAGAUCUAGGAUAUGGAGGAUUUCAAACGGAUUAUGCGCGAACACCCCGCUCUUCCUUGAUUGGAGAGCAGCUAUUGAGAUCGACUUCAGACGGUGCAGUUGAUGAUGAAUUUGCAAUUGGCGAUGAACCGGAAAGCAAUCUUUCCCGAGUCGUCAGUCACCAGAAGUCUGAAGGAGAACGUCGCAAUGGAGGCGAUCAUUCGAGCGUGCAAGGAAGCGUAAGGGGAAGCCAAUCUAUCUUUGCGAUUGCCCCGCAUCUAUCAACCCCUUUAGCAGGAAGCUAUGGAACAUCUUACGGCACAUUACGUUCAACUCUAAAUGAGUCAUCAAUGGUUCAUGCCGGCCAGCUUUGGCGACAACAACAAGUCACUGGCGCAAAUAUUGCAGAUGGGGAACAUUUACCUUUGAUCGUCAAGGAAGUGGAAGAAGAUGGGAAAAUUGUGCUUGUGAUCGAGGGGCAGUCCACCCUUCCACAGACGAUUCUCAACUCCACAAAUGUUCUCAUUGGAGUUGGUUUGCUCAGUCUCCCAAUGGGGUUGAAGUAUUCAGGAUUGCUCUGCGGCAUGAUAUUACUCUUUCUAUCCGCCCUUGUUACAUCGUACACUGCGAAGUUAUUAGCUAAAUGCAUGGAUCGAGAUCACAGUCUUCUGAGCUUCGCAGACAUUGCCUAUGCAUCCUAUGGCCGCAAGGCAAAUAUAGCUACUAGUAUACUUUUCACUAUGGAGCUUCUUGCGGCAUGCGUUGCCUUGAUUGUUCUUUUCGCCGAUUCCCUGAACUCGCUAAUUCCCUCCGUCGGAUUAAACGAGUGGAAAAUUCUUUGUGGUCUUCUAUUGAUACCGCUCAAUUUUGUCCCUUUACGUUUGUUAAGUUUUACUAGCAUUCUUGGAAUAAUCUCGUGCUUUUCCAUCGUACUAAUUAUCCUCAUUGACGGUUUCGCAACACCACGAACUCCCGGUUCUCUGCUAGAACCAGCAACUCAAUACAUUUUCCCAGCCAACUGGCUCACACUUCCACUUUCAUUCGGGCUAAUGAUGUCGCCUUGGGGAGGACAUUCGGUCUUUCCCAAUAUUUAUCGUGACAUGAGACACCCUUAUAAAUUUGACAAGGCAGUCAAAUAUACAUUUAGUUUCACAUAUGUGCUCGAUGCUACGACUGCACUAGCGGGAAUAUUAAUGUUUGGAGAUAAUGUCAUGGACGAAGUAACAGCCAACAUUAUCGGAAACUCAAGCUAUCCGCGCAGCUUAUCUCUUAUGAUUUGCAUAUUCAUUGCCAUAAUUCCCUUGACCAAAAUCCCCUUGAAUGCCCGGCCCAUCGUGUCCACAAUCGAAUUGCUCUGCGGGCUAGAUUCUCGCGCCAUGCCCGGAUCACAGGCACUCACCGGACUCUCAGGCUACACUCGCGGCAUCAUCAAAGUUGUCAUUCGCAUCGUGGUCCUCAUCGUAUUUGUAAUCAUCGCCAUCAUCUGUCCAGCUUUCGAUAGUAUCAUGGCAUUUAUGGGUUCGGCAUUGUGCUUUACCAUUUGUGUCAUUUUGCCGCUUUUGUUUUAUGUCAAGAUGUUUGGGAAGGAGAUUAGUAGAAGGGAACUCAUCUUGGAUUAUUUCUUGAUUGCCAUUAGUUCUGUAAUGGCGAUUGUGGGUACAAUCUGGGCUUUCUUGCCCAAGGAACUUAUUCAUGCCGAAUGA